AUGCUGCGACGCGUGGCCGCGCUGGCGCUGCGCCCUCGUGCGGGCCAGCUCCCCUCGAUCACGGGUCCUGUGUCACCGCUGCUGCGGUCAUGUCGGCUCCAGGUCGCCCGUGCGCUGACCACAGCAAGUCCUAGCCGGCCCCCUCGAGUAGCCAUCGUCGGCGGUGGUCCAUCAGGCUUUUAUGUAGCGCAUUUUCUCCUCAAGGCACACCCCGAAGCGAGGGUUGACAUAUUUGAAAAAUAUCCCGUUCCGUAUGGCCUUGUUCGCUAUGGCGUCGCCCCCGACCAUCCUGAGGUCAAAAACUGCAUCAAUCAAUUUGAAGCGACAGCUGCCCUCCCCAAUGUCCGGCUCUUUGGCAAUGUGCAUGUCGGAAACGACCUUUCACUUGCCGAUGUGCGUGCGCGCUACGACGCCGUCGUCUUAAGUUAUGGCGCAGCUGGCGAUCGUCCCCUCAACAUCCCAGGCGAAGACCUUCAGGGCGUUAUGUCUGCUCGUGAAUUUGUCGCUUGGUACAACGGGGACCCGGCCGCAGCUGCCACCGACAUUGAUCUGCGAGGCCCGCAAGCCGUUGUUUUUGGCAUGGGAAACGUCGCUUUGGAUGUGGCUCGCAUCUUGCUCUACAAUCCUGCCGAGUUGGCUUCAACUGACAUCAGCACGCGAGCCCUGUCCAAGCUGGCUGAUCAAAACGGCAUCCAAGCCGUGCGCAUUGUGGGCCGUCGUGGGCCUCUCGAGGUGACCUGCACGGUCAAGGAAUUGCGCGAGCUGAAGAAGCUGGUGCCCACCGACAUGGACUUUUUUGAUUACACAACGGCUUGGAUCGACGCCAAUCGGCCGCGCCGCCGAACACUCAUGUUGCUACAGGAACUUGCCGGCAAGGCCGAGCACACGGACGCAGCCGCGGCUGCUACACCACGAGCCUGGGGGUUUGAUUUUAAUCUCGCACCAGAGGAAUUCCUACCCGACCCCGAUGACCCAGUACGUAUUUUGAAUGCGAAUAACUCAAGCUUGCCGCUGCCUUCGAUGAGCAGCGAGGCCAUUAUCUUCACGAAAAUGGUACGAGCACAUGUGAAACUUGCCGAUGACCGGCACACAUCUCUGCCUUUUCAUCAUUCUAUUGGCUCCGGGCUGUCAGGUCGCAUCAAGGACCAGCCACACUUGUAUUGCAGCGGCUGGAUCAAGAACGGUCCCAUUGGCACCAUUGCCAUCACAAUGGCCGAUGCACAAGACACGGCACAAAGUAUUGCACAAGACCUUGAGCUUCAACUUACCAACCUCGACCCCAGUGAUGACUGUGCCGAUGUUGCUGAGCUUCUGCGACGUCGCAAGAAAACUGUUGUGGAUUACGCGGGCUGGCAACGCAUCAGGGACACCGAGCUGAGCACUGUACGGUCCAUGCCUGCUCACUCGCGACGCGUCUGA